CAAGACGUAAACACUCACUCUCACCACUGAACCGUAGCGUAUAUAUAUACCAGACUGGACCCGGGGACAGCCUACGACGAAACGCCGGCCGUACUUUCGACCAGAAACAACAACCACGGUCCUUCUUCCUACUCGAAGACGGCGCGACUAUUGAUAUAGUACACUCGUUUAUUACCCACAACAUUUAAGGAUACCGUCCAAAGUGAAGCUUCUGUCAUUGUUUGUUUUCAUACUAUUUCGUCGCUGUCUUCUUGCUGCUUGCGUUCCUAUUAUAUCCAUAACAACCAUGAAGUGCACAGGGCUCAGUGUGGCAUCGCUGCUGUCGCUACUGGUAGCUAGCGCCGCGGCGGGGGAUCUUAUGGACGAUCUGGGGAGGGAGUUCGCCUUUGGGUUGUUCCCCAGGCAGCUUGCGACAAACCUGCAGGCUUUUUCAGGGUCACUGGGUGGUGCUGCUGCUCCAGCUAUCACGAAAUCGUCAGAUCCUGCCCGACCCUUCACAGUAGAUGGUGAUACCUUCAACGAUUUCUCGACGGCCGCACAGCGGGCCUGUGAUAAUCAGAAGAACCAGUGUGCGGACAUUGCGAACAGUCAAAAAGAUGGCUCUUUAAAAGUUGGUGAUUGCGACCAGCAGAACACUCAAUGCAAGAACGCAGCCUCGACAGCUACAACGACCAGCUUCGCCACUUUGACAAGCUCCAAUGCAGAGUUUGAUUUCUUCUGCGAGUAGAAAGCUGGAAAUUUGAAGCAUUAUGUCUCGAGAAUUGUAAAAGUUUUCAUUGAAAAAUAAUUGGCAAGGCAAAAGGUCUGAAGUCUAGAUUGUCACCACCAACACGAAUAGAGCGUUGGUACAGUCCCACAACAUCACCAGAUCCAAAACAAAUAGCAAAAGCAAAUGCGACUCCGACACGGGGAAUCGAACCCCGGGCAUGACGGAUCAAGAUGAGAGCGUCAUAUGUUAGCCACUACACCAUAUCGGAUGUGAUUUUUGUGCCUUUGUUGCAAGUUCCCCCGUUGAGAGGGCUCAAGUACGGAGGGCGACGACCCGUAAUGAUUAUGCAGUAAUAAAGGGAAGCGGGCCAAGCUGUAUCCAGAGGGAUGAGUUUGAAUGAUUUCUAUUUUUGGGUAGUUGACGUUAGAGCACGCAUCGUU